AAAGUUUUUUAUAUUAGGCUUACGUAUUGUGUGGAACGGACGGAGCGCAGCAUUUUAAUACAUUUAUUCGAUUAUUUUUCGGUUUUCAAGAAGUUUUAGUGUGUAAAAUAGUGAUCGAUAGUUUUGUAAAAGCGGUGGACACAUGUUUGGUGUAUCAGUGCAGAUCUGGAGCAGUGCGCUAGUGCGUAACACCGAGAGUGAAAUUAUCUCUUGAUUCACAUUAAUUAUGUGACGAACAAUUUCAAGCGCGCGGUGACGCCUUCUCAUUAUCGUGAUUCUUUUUAUAAAUACUUGAAAUACGACUUUAUAAUACAAGCAAUAUUCAUAUUAAAUCUAAAAUCAAUACUUUCGUGGCAUAAUCCCCAACGCAUCUUUUUAGUGACGGACAUCCCACGGCUUCGCAAUAAAAAUAGUGCAGCAUUCAUUCAAUGCUCCGUGUUCAAGUGCAAUUAGAUAACAAUUAAAUAAUCGUAAUUAAAUAUUGAAGUUAUUUGGCGGUCGUUUUCGAAAGCGACACGUACGCUCGCCCGCAGAGGGCGCCGCAGGCAGGUCGUGACGUAGGCGCUCGCUCACCGUCAGUCCGCGCGAACUUCGCGCUGAGUCAGUCGCCUUCAAAACAUUAUAAGUGCGGGUUCGUAGCCCUAAAACCACCAAGUUUUACAGUUACCCGUUACGGAAUAUAGUGUCAGAGUGUAGUGUUUGUGUUUAUUUGUGCGUGGUCGUGGUGAGGCGGUAGCGGCCGCCGUGGUGUCGGGUCGGAUCGAUACAAGGCGGAAUGGCGCAGCGAGCAUGAGUCAGGGGGGCUCCAGGAGGCCGUUUCCGCGCGGAGGCCAGCGCUGUUACCCGCGCUACAAGGACUAUUGGGACUACGAACAGAACUACAGUGAUGGCAGCAGUGCGGGAAGUCCUAAGGAGGCUUGUGUGGCGGCGUCGCCCCCGCCAGCGCACACGCACCCGCACACCAAGCGCGACGUGCGCCACCCGCACGCCCCGCACCCUGCGCACCUCCCUCAGCAUCACCCGCAGCAUCACCAUCCGCAGCACCACGACCAGAGGAGACUCAGUGUCGGCGGAGGCGCGGGCGGGUCGCGACGUGCGGAGCGCCGCGCUGCCGGCCCUUCAGAGCGGCGACGUCCUGAGAUGAGGCUGAGUCCGGGCGCGGGGGCGGGGCCGUCCGCGGAGCCCCACCUGCACCACGCCCCGCACCACCUUCAUCACAUGGACACGAACCCGCUGGAGGGUGGAGUGGAGUCUCUGGUGAGUGCCGGCUCCUCUGACGGCGAACUGUCCAGCAAGGCCGGCGACAGUCCAAGCAGGAAGCGCCGUCGGAUCUCACGGCAUAUCUCCUCAGGUGAAAGCAAUGUGUCGGUUGCGGCACCAGUGGUGGAGCGACGGACUCCCCGGCUGCCAUACCAGCCUCCGCGUCGUAUGCGGUACGUGAGCGGCGGCGGCGGCGUGUGGGCGCACGAGCGGCUGCUGGACACACACCCGCAGCACGUGGCCCACCCCCACGCGCUGCCCCCGCAUGCCCACCCCCACGCACACCCGCACGCCCACCCCCACGCGCCGUUGCUGCUCGACAUUAAUCAGAUGUCGCUGCGGGGCGCUCGGCUGGGCGCGCUGGGCGGCGGCGUGGGCUGGCCGCACCCCCACGCCCACGCCCACGCGCACCCCCACGCCCACGCCCACGCGCACCGCGACCACGCGCAGCGCACGCAGGUGCUGCAGCUGUGGGUUCAGAUUUAG